GAGUCACGCCGCCAGGGGGCAGCGUCUUCCCGCCUCGCCCUAACAGGUGAGCGCCGGGCUGUGCUGGCUGUGAUGCAAUGGCGAGCGAUGGUUGAGUUGAAUGACUUCUCGCCACAGUUGAAGUGAGGCAGCCGUCACCGGAGGACGCAGCCCGGGCAGUCUUACCACCACCACCGCCGCCGGUAACCACCGCCGUCUACCCGGGAGCCGACACUCGUUUCCCGCUCGAUGGCAACACGUCGCCGCCAGCGUGUGCUAGCUAGCCGGGACUUAGAGACGCACCCUGUUUUCUCCCCACGCCCGUCAGAAAUAUUGUUUCAUGUGUGGAAGUGUUAAAAGCUAGCUUUAUUGUGACGCCAACCCGUGGAUACAUUUUUUAUUUUUUUUUUGAAUGGCGGAGAGAACCUCAGCGGUGACGCUGGAGCCCACACCGGCUGUCGCCAUGACCCUGCCGGCGGAGGUCCGGGCCAAGCUGGCGGAGCUGGAGCUGGAGCUCUCGGAAGGGGACAUCACUCAGAAGGGCUAUGAGAAGAAAAGAAGCAAACUGUUGGCACCGUACAUCCCACAAAUACAAGGUGUAGACCCCUCUCUGCAAAUUGACAGUCGGGUCCAGGCUUCCCCCCAGGCUGUUCUAUCCGCCUCCAAACACAACAAAGCUCGGGCUGCCAACACUCGGGAUGAACGCUUCCGAUCUGAUCUGCACACAGAGGCCGUCCAAGCAGCGUUGGCCAAAUACAAAGAGAGGAAGAUGCCCAUGCCGUCCAAGAGACGAUCCGUGCUGGUUCAGUCCUCUGUAGAGGCAUGUACUCCACCAGACACGUCCUCGGCGUCGGAGGACGAGGGCUCUCUGCGGCGAAAGGGACAUCUGGCCAACUCCACACCCUACCAGAGUCACAGCCACCCGGCCGUGGAGCACUGGUUUAACCGGGUCAUUCAGGGUUCGUCCACUUCGUCUUCCGCCUCCUCCACCUCGUCCCACCCGGGAGGGAGAUCUACCACCACCGCCACCGCCACCAACAGCACCGCCCACAGCAGCCUCAACGCCAACACCAAAGCUUCCGCACUGUCUGACCUUAUGGCGCACACCCACCUAGAUAACCACAUAGCACCCCCAGACGUCACAGGCCUCUCGGGGGGCUCCUCGCUCCACGCGGAGCAGUCCCACGCGGGCUCGGUGCGAGGAGUCUCCCGUGGCUCCAACCACCACACGAGCAUCAUGGAGACAGCAGAUGGCUGUGAGUGGAGAGUUGAAGGAUCGCUCAGUUUGAUGAAUGGUGUUCCAGUCAACAGCCGUGUCUCCUCCAAAAUCCAGCAGCUGCUCAACACUCUGAAAAGGCCCAAGCGGCCGCCCUUGCGAGAGUUCUUUGUCGACGACUUUGAAGAGCUUUUGGAUGUCCGGCAACCAGAUCCGAACCAGCCUAAGCCAGAAGGCCCGCAGAUGUGUCCCCUUGACGGGGGACAUCUCGGGGUGGUCCAUAACUGGCCUGGCUCCUUGACGGCCGCUUUACAAAGAUGGGGCACCACCCAGCCAAAGAGCCCCUGUCUGACUGCACUUGAUAACGCUGGCAAGCCCGUCUACACUCUCACCUACGGUAAACUAUGGACCCGCUGUCAGAAACUGGCCUAUACACUUCUCAACAAGCUUAGCAGUAGAAAUGAGCCCUUGCUUAUGCCUGGAGAUAGGGUAGCGCUCGUGUUCCCCAACAACGACCCAGUCAUGUUCAUGGUUGCUUUCUAUGGUUGUCUGCUGGCAGAACUGGUGCCCGUCCCCAUUGAAGUGCCGCUGACCAAGAAGGAUGCUGGAAGUCAACAAAUCGGCUUUCUGCUUGGCAGCUGUGGGGUGACGCUGGCUCUUACCACCGAUGCUUGUCAGAAAGGUUUACCCAAAGCACAAACCGGGGAGGUAGCCACAUUUAAAGGUUGGCCCCGGUUGCUGUGGUUUGUGACGGAUGGGAAACAUGUUGUGAAGCCUCCGAAAGACUGGCAUCCUCUGAUACGUGAAGCCAGCAAAGACACAGCUUACAUAGAAUACAAAACCAGCAAGGAGGGAAGCACCAUGGGGAUCACAGUCAGCCAUUCAGCCAUGCGUGCACACUGCCACGCUCUCACCCUGGCCUGCGGAUACACUGAAGCUGAGACCAUAACCAACGUGCUGGACUUCAAGAGGGAAGCAGGCUUAUGGCAUGGUGUCCUCACUAGCGUCAUGAACAGGAUGCACGUGAUCAGCAUCCCUUACUCCUUAAUGAAAGUCAACCCUCUCUCGUGGAUACAGAAGGUGCACACUUACAAAGCACGGGUUGCGGUGGUGAAGUCCAGGGACAUGCACUGGUCUCUUCUAGCACAGAGAGACCAGAGAGACAUCAGUUUAAGCUCACUGCGCAUGCUGAUUGUUGCCGAUGGAGCCAACCCAUGGUCGAUAUCGUCCUGUGAUGCCUUUCUAAACGUGUUCCAGGCACGUGGGCUGCGACCUGAGGUGAUCUGUCCAUGUGCCAGCUCUUCGGAAGCCUUGACUGUCGCCAUCCGCAGACCUCCAGAAAUGGGAGUGCCACCACCUGGGAAGGCGGUGCUGUCCAUGGGGGGUCUGAGCCACAGCGUGAUUCGUGUCGACACAGAAGAUAAGCUUUCCGUCCUCACCGUGCAAGACGUGGGCCAGGUCAUGCCUGGAGCGUUGGUGUGCGUGGUGCGGGUGGAAGGGACGCCAUACCUUUGUCAAACGGAUGAGGUGGGAGAGAUCUGCCUCAGCUCCCGGUGCACGGGUACUGCCUACUACGGCCUUCAGGGCAUGACCAAAAAUGUAUUUGAGACCAUCCCAGUCACGUCCACUGGAAUUCCGGUCAGUGACCGAACUUUCACCAGGACUUCACUCCUAGGCUUUGUGGGGCCAGACAGUCUGGUGUUUAUUGUCGGGAAGAUGGACGGCUUGAUGGUGGUCAGUGGGCGGCGACACAACGCUGACGACGUGGUUGCCACGGCGCUGGCGGUGGAGCCCAUGAAGUUUGUGUACAGGGGGAGGAUAGCUGUGUUUUCUGUGUCGGUGCUGCAUGACGAGAGGAUCGUAGUCGUGGCCGAGCAGAGACCGGACGCCUCAGAGGAAGACAGCUUCCAAUGGAUGAGCCGCGUCCUGCAGGCAAUAGACAGCAUCCACCAGGUGGGCGUGUACUGCUUGGCUCUGGUGCCUGCCAACACACUUCCCAAGGCUCCCCUGGGUGGCAUCCACAUUUCCGAGACUAAACAGCGCUUCCUAGAGGGCGCCUUGCAUCCCUGCAAUGUCCUCAUGUGCCCUCACGCCUGCGUCACCAACCUGCCCAAGCCCAGACAAAAGCAGCCAGAGGUGGGGCCCGCUUCUAUGAUAGUGGGCAACCUGGUGGCGGGAAAGAGGAUAGCACAAGCCUGUGGGCGAGACGUGACCCAGUUGGAAGACAACGACCAGUUCCUCUAUAUUCAGGAUGUGCUGCAGUGGAGAGCGCAGGCCACGCCAGACCAUCCGCUGUUCCUUGUUCUCAAUGCCAAGGGCACGGUGGCGAGUUCAGCUUCCUGUCUGCAACUACACAAGCGGGCCGAGCGUGUGGCUGCGGCUCUGAUGGGACGCCUCAACACUGGGGACCACGUAGCACUUGUCUACCCACCAGGAAUCGACCUGAUAGCCACGUUCUAUGGCUGCUUGUAUGCUGGCUGUGUGCCGGUGACAGUCAGACCCCCACACCCUCAGAACUUGGCCACCACCCUCCCCACUGUGAAGAUGAUUGUUGAGGUCAGUAAGUCGGUGUGCAUCCUGACCACUCAAGCAAUAAUGAAACUGCUGAAAUCCAAAGAGGCCGCUGCUGCAGUGGAUGUCAAGAGCUGGCCCAUGGUCUUGGACACAGAUGACCUGCCCAGGAAGAAAAGCCCCCAGAUCUACAAGCCCCCCACCCCCGAGAUGUUGGCUUAUCUGGACUUCAGUGUUUCCACCACCGGCAUCCUGGCAGGAGUCAAGAUGUCUCACGCCGCCACCAGUGCCUUGUGUCGCUCCAUCAAGUUGCAGUGUGAGCUCUACCCUUCACGCCAGAUAGCCAUCUGUUUGGACCCCUACUGCGGCCUGGGCUUCGCUCUCUGGUGCUUGUGCAGCGUGUACUCAGGCCACCAGUCCAUCCUGGUCCCCCCUCUGGAGCUGGAGACCAAUGUGUCUCUGUGGCUGGCCGCAGUCAGCCAGUACAAAGUGCGGGUCACCUUCUGCUCCUAUUCCGUCAUGGAGAUGUGCACCAGAGGCCUGGGUUCACAGACCGAGGCGCUGCGGCUGCGCAACAUCAACCUGUCCUGCGUGCGCACGUGCAUGGUGGUGGCGGAGGAGAGGCCUCGCAUCGCUCUGACGCAGUCCUUCUCCAAGAUCUUCAAGGACCUGAUGCUGUCGCCGCGGGCCGUCAGCACUACCUUCGGCUGCAGGGUUAACGUGGCCAUUUGUUUGCAGUCCAACAGGUUAGGGACACUGGCUGAGCAGGGCACAGCAGGACCUGACCCCACCACAGUGUACGUGGACAUGAGGGCCUUGCGCCAUGACAGAGUCCGCCUGGUGGAGAGGGGGUCCCCGCACAGUUUACCCCUGAUGGAGUCUGGCAAGAUCCUCCCUGGAGUCAAGGUGAUCAUUGCCAACACCGAGACCAAAGGACCCUUGGGAGACUCUCAUCUUGGGGAGAUCUGGGUGAGCAGUCCUCACAACGCCACAGGCUACUACACCGUGUACGGCGAGGAGGCUCUGCACGCCGACCACUUCCACACCAAGCUCAGCUUCGGGGACACCCACACCGUCUGGGCCAGGACGGGCUACCUGGGCUUCCUGCGCCGCACUGAGCUGACCGAUGCCAGUGGAGAACGCCACGACGCUCUCUAUGUGGUGGGCUCUGUUGACGAGACCCUGGAGCUGCGCGGGAUGAGGUACCACCCCAUCGACAUCGAGACCUCCGUCAUCCGCUCCCACAAGAGCAUAGCUGAGUGCGCCGUGUUCACUUGGACCAACCUCCUGGUGGUGGUGGUGGAGCUGGAGGGGUCCGAGCAGGCGGCCCUGGACCUGGUGGCCCUGGUCACCAAUGUGGUUCUGGAGGAGCACUACCUGAUCGUGGGUGUGGUGGUGGUGGUCGACCCCGGCGUCAUCCCCAUUAACUCUCGGGGGGAGAAGCAGCGCAUGCACCUGAGGGACGGCUUCUUGGCGGACCAGCUGGACCCCAUAUAUGUGGCAUACAACAUGUGAACCCCGUAUAUGUGGCGUACAACAUGUGAACCCCGUAUAUGUGGCAUACAACAUGUGAACCCCGUAUAUGUGGUGUACAACAUGUGAACCCCGUAUAUGUGGCAUACAACAUGUGGACCCCAUAUAGUGGCGUACAACAUGUGAACCCCGUAUAUGUGGUGUACAACAUGUGGACCCCAUAUAGUGGCGUACAACAUGUGAACCCCAUAUAGUGGCGUGCAACAUGUGAACCCCGUAUAUGUGGCAUACAACAUGUGAACCCCAUAUAUGUGGCAUACAACAUGUGAACCCCGUAUAUGUGGCGUACAACAUGUGAACCCCGUUAUGUGGCAUACAACAUGUGGACCCCAUAUAGUGGCGUACAACAUGUGAACCCCAUAUAGUGGCGUGCAACAUGUGAACCCCGUAUAUGUGGCAUACAACAUGUGAACCCCAUAUAUGUGGCAUACAACAUGUGAACCCCAUAUAUGUGGUGUACAACAUGUGAACCCCGUAUAUGUGGCAUACAACAUGUGGACCCCAUAUAGUGGCGUGCAACAUGUGAACCCCGUAUAUGUGGCAUACAACAUGUGAACCCCAUAUAUGUGGCAUACAACAUGUGAACCCCAUAUAUGUGGUGUACAACAUGUGAACCCCGUAUAUGUGGCAUACAACAUGUGAACCCCAUAUAUGUGGCAUACAACAUGUGAACCCCAUAUAUGUGGCGUGCAACAUGUGAACCCCGUAUAUGUGGCAUACAACAUGUGGACCCCAUAUAGUGGCGUGCAACAUGUGAACCCCGUAUAUGUGGCAUACAACAUGUGAACCCCAUAUAUGUGGCGUGCAACAUGUGAACCCCAUAUAGUGGCGUGCAACAUGUGAACCCCGUAUAUGUGGCAUACAACAUGUGAACCCCAUAUAUGUGGCGUGCAACAUGUGAACCCCAUAUAUGUGGCGUCUAACAUGUGAACCCCAUAUAUGUGGCAUACAACAUGUGAACCCCAUAUAGUGGCAUACAACAUGUGAACCCCAUAUUUGUGGCGUCUAACAUGUGAACCCCAUAUAGUGGCGUUCAACAUAUGAUCCCCAUAUAUGUGGCGUACAACAUGUGAACCCCAUAUAGUGGCGUUGCACAUGUAAACCCCGUGUAUGUGGUGUACAACAUGUGAACCCCGUAUAUGUGGCAUACAACAUGUGAACCCCAUAUUUGUGGUGUGCAAUAUGUAAACCCCACAUAUGUGGCAUACAACAUGUGAACCCCAUAUAUAUGGCAUGCAACAUGUGAACCCCUAUAGUGGCGUGCAACAUGUGAACCCCAUAUUUGUGGCGUCUUAACAUGUGGACCCAUAUAUGUGGCAUACAACAUGUGAACCCCAUAUAUGUGGCAUACAACAUGUGAACCCCAUAUAUGUAGCGUACAACAUGUGAACCCCAUAUAUUGGCGUACAACAUGUGAACCCCAUAUAUGUGGCGUGCAACAUAUGAACCCCAUUUAUGUGGCAUACAACAUGUGAACCCCAUAUAUUGGCGUACAACAUGUGAACCCCAUAUUUGUGGCGUCUAACAUGUGGACCCCAUAUAUAGCUGGUCUCCAACAUGUGAACCCCAUAUACAUGGCAUACAACAUGUGAACCCCAUAUAUGUGGCGUACAACAUGUGAACCCCAUAUAUUGGCGUACAACAUGUGAACCCCAUAUAUGUAGCGUACAACAUGUGAACCCCAUAUAUUGGCGUACAACAUGUGAACCCCAUAUAUGUGGCGUACAACAUGUGAACCCCAUAUAUUGGCGUACAACAUGUGAACCCCAUAUAUAUUUGGCGUACAUGUGAACCCCAUAUAUUGGCGUACAACAUGUGAACCCCAUAUAUAUGGCGUACAACAUGUGAACCCCAUAUAUUGGCAUACAACAUGUGAACCCCAUAUAUUGGCGUACAACAUGUGAACCCCAUAUAGUGGCGUUCAACAUGUGAACCCCAUAUAUUGGCGUACAACAUGUGAACCCCAUAUAUUGGCAUACAACAUAUGAUCCCCAUAUAUGUGGCGUACAACAUGUGAACCCCAUAUAGUGGCGUUGCACAUGUAAACCCCGUGUAUGUGGUGUACAACAUGUGAACCCCGUAUAUGUGGCAUACAACAUGUGAACCCCAUAUUUGUGGUGUGCAAUAUGUAAACCCCACAUAUGUGGCAUACAACAUGUGAACCCCAUAUAUAUGGCAUGCAACAUGUGAACCCCUAUAGUGGCGUGCAACAUGUGAACCCCAUAUUUGUGGCGUCUUAACAUGUGGACCCAUAUAUGUGGCAUACAACAUGUGAACCCCAUAUAUGUAGCGUACAACAUGUGAACCCCAUAUAUUGGCGUACAACAUGUGAACCCCAUAUAUGUGGCGUGCAACAUAUGAACCCCAUUUAUGUGGCAUACAACAUGUGAACCCCAUAUAUUGGCGUACAACAUGUGAACCCCAUAUUUGUGGCGUCUAACAUGUGGACCCCAUAUAUAGCUGGUCUCCAACAUGUGAACCCCAUAUACAUGGCGUACAACAUGUGAACCCCAUAUAUGUGGCGUACAACAUGUGAACCCCAUAUAUUGGCGUACAACAUGUGAACCCCAUAUAUGUGGCGUACAACAUGUGAACCCCAUAUAUUGGCGUACAACAUGUGAACCCCAUAUAUAUUUGGCGUACAUGUGAACCCCAUAUAUUGGCGUACAACAUGUGAACCCCAUAUAUGUGGCGUACAACAUGUGAACCCCAUAUAUUGGCAUACAACAUGUGAACCCCAUAUAUUGGCGUACAACAUGUGAACCCCAUAUAUGUGGCGUACAACAUGUGAACCCCAUAUAUUGGCAUACAACAUGUGAACCCCAUAUAUGUGGCGUACAACAUGUGAACCCCAUAUAUUGGCAUACAACAUGUGAACCCCAUAUACAUGGCGUACAACAUGUGAACCCCAUAUAUGUGGCGUACAACAUGUGAACCCCAUAUAUUGGCGUACAACAUGUGAACCCCAUAUAUGUGGCGUACAACAUGUGAACCCCAUAUAUUGGCGUACAACAUGUGAACCCCAUAUAUAUUUGGCGUACAUGUGAACCCCAUAUAUUGGCGUACAACAUGUGAACCCCAUAUAUGUGGCGUACAACAUGUGAACCCCAUAUAUUGGCAUACAACAUGUGAACCCCAUAUAUUGGCGUACAACAUGUGAACCCCAUAUAUGUGGCGUACAACAUGUGAACCCCAUAUAUUGGCAUACAACAUGUGAACCCCAUAUAUGUGGCGUACAACAUGUGAACCCCAUAUAUUGGCAUACAACAUGUGAACCCCAUAUAUGUGGCGUACAACAUGUGAAACCCAUAUAUUGGUGUACAACAUGUGAACCCCAUAUAUUGGCGUACAACAUGUGAGGACUUUUACCUGCCUGGAAGAUCCAUCUUAAUGUGUAAAGUCCAGAAAGUCAUUUUAGUUUGUGACACCAGUGGCUCCGCCCACCGCCCCAAACGUGCUUGUGCUUGUUUUCUGUAGCAUCAGUUAGCUUCAUUCGACUACAUUUCCGCCAUUACUCUUAUUAAUCUAUUAAUAUAUUUUUAAAAAUAUUUUUAAUGCGAUGAGAGAGACUCCCUCCGAAUGUCCCGAAGCAGAAUAAUGAAAGCUGCCUGCAACUGGAGCUCAGACUAAAUCAACAGCGCCUCUGCUGGUUGCAACAGAGUACUGCACUCCAUUUGGACUCCUAGUGGAUGACUGCAGCGCUGCAAGCUGGGAUCCAGGCUGUCUUCUCUCCAUGUGGACACUCUGCAACUUAGGACUGAAGGACAGGACUCCAUGCCUUAACUUUUCAUCGUGUCAACCCGCAGCUGUUCUGAACAAAACACUCCCUCCUAUUGUUAACGGCAAGUGUGAUGAAUAAGUGCCACGGGGUCACAUGACAAACACCUUGCAUGACCCCCCCCCCCUUAUCAUGAUGACGUCAUGUUGGCCUUCAGCAUGCUGCAAGGAUGAGAGACUGAAUCUGCUAAAUAUGUGAUGUAUAUUUGUCCCCCGUAAACCGUCUGAAAUGUACUCGGAUUGCGGGGAAUAGACACAGAAAAGUUGUUUUUUUUAUUGUUAUUAUGAUGUCGGGUGAAUAGAGCGAAAGCGAGCAAGAGGCAGAGUGGAAAUACAUUUGUCUGAUAAGACGGUAAGUUGUUAUUUUCAUAACGUGUUUUCUUAAUGAAUAAAAUAAUGAUUUUAACUUAAAA